UCAAGUUAUCGUGUUUACACACACACACACACACACAUACACGAACGCCUCUGAAAACAUAACCUUCUUGGCGAAGGUAAAUAUAUUGAGUACUUUGUCAAACUAACUCUAUUUUAUGUUUUAGAACCCAUUUAUAUUCCAUUGUCAAACUCUAAUACUCACAAACUAGUGCCCAGCAAUGUCUACUAGAAGUAACAAAACUCAUAUUGAAAACAUCAGAAAACUGUGCAGACUGUGUGGUAGAAAUGCCCUCACCUAUGCUGAGAAACUUGCUAACCGCCCCUCUUUAAGAUGCAUUGAUCAUACAGCUAAAAUAAAGGAAACAUGGGGCAUUGAUGUUACAAUGGACAAGAGCUACAGACAUCCUCCUUUGAUCUGUUACAAGUGCUACAAAAAAUGUUCAAAUAAAACUGAUUAUGGGGGGAAAGCUGAUAGAUUCACAUGGAACAACCAUUCAGUGCCAUGUGAACACUGCAACACAGCUACAAAUAUUGCUAAGGGGGGAAGACCCAAAAAGCGACGACCACCAUUCAAGCCCAAAUCAUCCUGCUCGGCCUCUUGUAGUAAAGAACCUCCUGCUCCAUGCACAUGAAAAUCAAGUGAUGCAGAGGAGUCUGGGAGGAAAGAGGGUAACCAGGAUGACUCAGGAGCUGCUUGUGCUAAAACACCAAUGCCUUAUGACUCCACGACUGCAAAGGAGCCUACACAGACCACUUCAUCCGCUCACUUUGACAACAAUUCUUUUCUGAGAUUAUUGGACAAACUUGAAGAUUUCACCAUUGAUUUAGAUAGAUUUGUGGAGGUAGGGAGUGUAGAAGGAUACAAAUGUGCAAUUUGCAAAUCUCUCCUAUACCUUCCGGUGCAGACUCCUUGCAAUCAUGCUUAUUGUUUUAAUUGCAUCCAACAGGCAUUCAUCCAUGCUAAUCAUAACACAAUCUCCUGUCCAGUGUGCAAACUGGUAGUACAUCAAGAUCAUGUCACACCCGUUAACACAUUAUUCUAUGGCGCGUUCUUACAGAUCACCUUUCAAUGCAAAACUUGCACAGAUGACACAUUAAAACCACUUCAUCUAAGACUCGAUCAAUUAAAACAUCAUGUUUGUACACAGUCUCCACGGAAAACAAAUACCUUACGCAACCCUAGCACUCCUGUCACAAUGCCAGUAGUAGUUCUCACCCUUCCAGUCUUGCAAACCCCAGUAUCAAACAAGGUUCCAACCACCCAGACAAACACAGUUGAAGUACCAUCCCCUCCUGAACAAACCAUUGCAGCGCCAGGUCCUCCACAGCAAACUGCUGGUAUGGUAACUAUUGAUGUGAACAAAUCGGGUCCUCUCAGCAAUUCUGAGCAGGACGCAGCAACAAAACUUGUCAAAAGGUUAUUGGAGUCCUCAGAAGAUAGCAGAACAAUAAAGCUCAAAACAGGAGGCCAGGUGAGCACAAUAUUGUAUUCCUACUGAGUUAAAUAUUUGAAACAAACCAUUGUUAACAUGUUGUAUAUAAAGAAGAUAGAAAGUAACUUACAUUACAAGUGUCCUACAUACAAAUGGCAGUGUUUGCUAGCCCUUGUAACUAGUUACAUGUAACUUUCAUAACAGAUAAAACUGUAACCAAGAAAAGACAUAUUAUACUCUUGUUCAUGAUGUAAUCAUAUGAACCUCUAAGGAAAUUAAUAUUCAACUUUUUAAUACAAACUAUUUGUUCCUCUGAAUGAAAUAGCCCAUUGCCAUGAUGAAGGUUGUGCAACCCAGAAAAAAAACUGGUGAGGCAAGCACCACAACCAAACGAAAACGGGUUCGGGCCAUGGAUGAGGUGCGGACAGUUGUCAGUGGUGGUGCCUCGGCCGAACAGUUCCAGGAUGAGAUGAAGGCCAUACCAAAGGCACAACUCCUAGAGAUGUUUCACGACUUGGGCCUGGAUCAAGUCAGGAUACCAAAUGGUCACCUGUUGGCGGCAAAAGUAGACUGUGGGUUCAACUAUAACCAGAUUAGAAAGCUGCGCAGAUGGCUAAAGAAGUAUGGAGUGGCAGUAGAGUCGGAGAGAGUAUCAAGGCAGGUGGCAAAGAGCCUACUGUCCAACAUAACCAUCCAUGCCGAGUGCCUACCCUUCACAGUUAAGACCCCCAAUGGCACAAAGGUAGAUUUGCUGCCAUGUGCAUAUUUGGAGAGUCUUAACAGCGCCAUCUUGGACAACUUGUCCCGGGCCUCAAGCUCAGGAAAACUGACUUGGCAUGAGGACAAGAUUUAUAUAAUAGUGAGGAGGAGGUCUGGAUCAAGAUUUUGGGGGACCAUGGUCGGGGAUCGUUCAAGAUGGCAUUUCAGCCGCUGAACAAGCUUCACCCGAACUCAAAGUCAAACACUGUUGUUUGCUGUGUGUUCGAGGCCAAGGACAACAGGGAAAACGUCAUUACAGGGACGAAGCGCUUUGCACCUGAGAUCAAGGAGCUUCAAGUGACGAAGUGGAAGUAAGUUGCCAGCUUGCUACUAAAUAGAUAGAGACCAUGUAAGAACUAAGAUG